CGCUCCUGCGACAAACUGAAUGCAAAUCGCCCCAGUGUGCAGAAGAAGACGCCGGCUACUGUACAACCUCGAAGACGUAGGUAGUGUCAUGUAAUCAUAACAAGACCAAGGUUAUGCCGAAGAUAUUGGAGAAAAGUAUGAACGACAUUUGACCAAAAGAGUUUCAUCUUAUCUCGUUCGCGAUGAGCGUCCCAUGUUUCUUGUCCUCCGCUGCCCGAGGCUUCAGACUGCGGUGUCCCGUCGCCGGUCUGCUCUGCUGCCGGCUACUGGGCCCUAGCUCCGUCACCAGGCAAGCGACAAAAACUUUCACUUUUAUUAGAAGAAAUAUGUCCUCCAAGAGACAAAUGGACCAUCUAGAGAGGACAGCAAGCAACUCCAGACAAAAUGCUCUGUAUCCAGCUCAAGUAUGUGGAAUCAUAAGUGAGUCAGAGACAGUAAAACGUUUGAGGAUAGCCGUCCAUGCAGACUUCAGCUUCAAAGCCGGACAGUGGGUGGAUUUCUUCAUCCCCGGGGUGGAGAAGGUGGGAGGUUUCUCCAUGUGCUCCAGCCCGGGUUUGCUGCAGCGGGAAGGGGUCAUUGAACUGGCCGUAAAAUACACCAAACACCCCCCGGCCCACUGGAUCCACACUAUGUGCGCAGUGGGUUCCCAGGUGGCCAUGCGUGUUGGCGGGGACUUCUUCUUCGACCCGUCACCUUCUGAACCCUCCUUGGAUUUGCUGCUGGUGGCUGGCGGCGUAGGCAUCAACCCUCUGUACUCCAUCCUGUUGCACACCACAGAUCUCCUGCAUCUUAACCACGCCUCGGGCGGUCGGGACUACAACAUAGGCUCUGUUCACCUAUGCUACAGUGCCAAAAACACCCAGGAGCUGCUUUUCAAGAGUUCCAUCAUUGAGGCGUGUCGGGAGUUCCCUGACAAGUUCUCCUGUGACUUUCAUGUCACGCAACAGAGCACAGAUGUCGACCCACAACUCCAGCCAUUUAUCAACCGCAGGAGAGUCACGGAGGAGGAGCUGCGGGCUCACGUGAACCCGCAGAGGACUUUGUGUUACCUGUGCGGGCCCCCGCCCAUGAUCGAAGCAAUUUCAAAAACUCUCAUGGACCUCGGCCUCCCAAAAGACAGGAUCCUCUAUGAGAAGUGGUGGUAGAACCUCCAACAGUUCCCAGAAAUCAACAGGAUGCAUGGGGUGUGGCGAGAAUGGAAAGCAACUGAAGUAUUCCAGUGAUGUGGAAAUUAAUAUGAGUGCUCAAGCAGUUGAGGAAAUUCAUCCUCCAAUCCCUGAUGCUGCGACCUGAUCUGUGAUAGACCGCUGGGACUGCCCACUCUUCAGCUAGCAGCUGCCUCAUAAAGACAUUAGAAAUGAGUUUUAGGUCUUAUGAUGUUAACAGGAAGACUGAGCGAACUGUAAAAUCAUUGCUUUUAAGACAUUUUACAGCUCACUGCCUUGCUGAAUGAUGCACCAAAUCUGCAACUUCAGUGUUCCCUUCAUGUGUAUGAUGGACACAUUCUGAUGCAAAUAUUACACACCCUCAUAUUCGAUCUCAUUUCCAGCCUGAACUUGCUUGACUAAUGUUCUGCUUAAACAGAUGAAUAGGUGAUGUUUAGUUUGACCCACAAUUUUCACCUAAAUGUUUACGCACCAAGUAACCUAUGCAAGCAUGUCUUAAAGGAAUAGUUUGACAUUUUGGGAAAUGCACUUAUUCGCUUUCCUGCCAGGAGUUAGAUGAGAAGAUGAAUACCACUGUCAGCUAAAUAUAAAGCCUCAGCCAGCAUACAGUUAUCUUAGCUUAGCAUACAGACUGUUUGCAGGGGACACAGUUUAUAUGGCUCUCUGACAAAAUGUGCCUAGUAGCACCUCUAAAACUCACUAAUUAACGUGUCAAACCUCAUUUGUUUAAUCUGUUAAAAUAAAAACAAAGUGUGAAACCAACACAUUGUGGUUUUAUUGGGGGGGGCAUCUGCUGAACUUCCAGGAAGUCACUGCACCCAAGUAGUCUGGCACAUAAACCCCCCCUUAAAACUGCAACUUUUUGUUUUUACACUUUGGUUUUUGUAUGGAUGAAAUAUAAUGUGAUGUGUACUGUGUUGAAUUACCAGGCUAGCAGUUCCCCCUUUUCCAGUCUUUGUGCUAGCUUCUCUUCUAACUCUCAGCAAGAGAGUAAAUAAGCAUAUUUUCCAAACUGCCAAACUAUUGCUUUAAAGUCUCUAGAACUUAGAGGACCAGUGCAAACAAUUGCAACAUGUACUGUAAUUUUACACUGUACAUAAGUGUUUGAGUGACUCAUUUUCUUCUAGCAUAGACCAUGCGUAUAUAUACUUAGUGAAAUAUCUCAGAGCUAUUUAUUUGCAGAACUGAAGAUUUUAGAGUUGUUUGGCUGAUGAGUUUGACUGAGCUAAAAUGGAGUGAUUGUUUCUACAUUCUACUCACAUGCAAACUUCACACCACUCUGUGUAUUUUUAGUCAGGAACUUAAUCUCCCACAUAUUGACCAGUGUCCCUGCAUGUUUACUCACUUACACUAUUACACACAUCCACAUACCCAUGAACGGUUUCUCAUCCCAGAGUGGUGUUAGUAUCCCAUGGUGCACUAUAAUGGAACCUCCAGGUGGUCUGAUUUGUUUGGAUCACUGAACAUCCCUCAGAGAUGGUUGCAAGCUUCUUCUUGUUGUCUCUCAGUAGGGGUUGCGCCGUAGAGAACCAUUUUCGAGUGUCUGCGUUUUUUUUUCCCUCAUGUGAGGAAAAGGGUUGCUGGUAAUGUGAGAUGUAAAGGUAAUAAAGAAAAUUGAGUCAGUC